AUGUGUUCUCCUUCCCUUUCGAAAGCUCGUUGUCUGCAUUUUCUGUUAAUCCUCAAAGAGAUUAAAGUUUCCCUCUAGUUUUCUCGUUCUCUUCUUCUUUGGGAGUUGAAGUUGGUUGAGCUAUACGUCUUCUCUUCUCCUCUUCACUGUCAUUAUGGAUUCAUGUAGCAAGUCUGCUUGGGACUCCACCUCUCCCUUCGAUUGCCUCCUUUUCGAUCUUGAUGAUACUUUAUACUCUUCGAAGAGCGGAAUUGGUGAAGCAUUAAAGAGAAACAUUGAAGAAUUUCUUGUGCAGAAAUGUGGAUUUACGGAGGAAAAAGCGUCAUUUCUUCGAGUUGAGCUUUUUAAAACCUACGGAAGCUCUCUCGCCGGCCUAAGAGCUUUAGGCUAUGAUAUCGAUGCCGACGAGUAUCACGGUUUCGUGCACGGGAGGUUACCAUACGAGAAGAUCAAACCAGAUCCUCAAUUACGAAACCUUAUUCGGAGCAUCAACCAACGAAAACUCAUUUUCACGAAUUCAGACAGGAACCAUGCGAUUAAAGUGUUGGAGAGGCUAGGAUUACAGGAUUGCUUCAGCGAAAUCAUCUGCUUCGAGACACUAAAUCCAAACUUAUCGAAAUCUAGUCGGACCGAUGAGUUCCCCGUUGUUCUGAAACCCUCGAUGGAAGCCAUGAAAAUAGCUCUCGAGUUCGCGCACGUGGAUCCUCGCCGUGCUCUGUUUCUCGACGACAACGAACGGAAUAUCAUCGCCGGAAAAGCGGUGGGACUUGGAACUGUUUUGGUUGGAAAACCAGUGAAAAGCACGGAGGGUGGGUACAUGGUGGAGAACUUGGUCCAUCUGCCACAGGUGGUUCCAGAGAUAUGGGCUGCAAGAGCCAAAGAAGGGGAUCGGAAGAUUAGCCGAACCAGGAGCGAAAUCGAAAUCGAUUCCAUGUUCACAGCCACCUCUGUUGGGGCUUAAAGUAUUGAUGGUGCCCAGGGGGAUCUCAACUGUACACUUGUUCUGUGCAUAUGAUGAAUAAUGCCUCUCUCUCUCUCUCUCUCUCUCUCUCUCUCUCUCUCUCUCUCUGAAAUGUGAAGUCAAUAAUCUGUAAUGUGUUUGUGAAUAUGUGUGUUCUGUAAUUGGACUUUUCUCCACUCACAUGGAGAAGGAAAAGGAUAAGGUUUCAAAGAA